AUGGGGGACCCUUUUGGUUCCUGGAUCCCACAGCAACUAUUUGAUUGGCAAUCACCAAAUUUGGACUAUUUGGGUUCUCAGUGGUUCCAAUCUGGUCAACAGGAUCAUAUUGCUUCACAUAUGAACUCAAGUAUUCCCAUGGUAUCCCCAAAUGGGAAUCUGGGCACCCACCCUUUCCAGGAGCUACCUCACUCAAGGGUUCAUGGUCAGACCAAUGAACAUGAUAGCUGGUUUUAUGGGUUGCCACAUUGCAGACAGGCCAUUAUGCCUGAUCUUGACCCUGUUCUUCCAAGGGAGAGGCUCUACUCUGGCCACAAGUCAAUGAUCAAUCCCAUAGCAGAAUCUGACAGUGGUGGCCAGAAGAGAUUCCUUGUCUUUGAUCAGUCUGGUGAUAAAACAACUCUCAUCUUCAGCUCGGGCGUUGUGCCACCUGCUCCAUGCCUUACUUCCUGGAGUCCUAAGCCAAUUGUUGCCUCCAAGUUGAAUAAUGAAUGCCCUGUAUCAAAGGAGCCUCUAAAUCUCCAGUUGAAUCUGGUAUCAACUGAGAACGACCAUGACUGUGCUGGUUUGGAGAGUGAGAUGCCAGAGGACACCGAAGAACUGAAUGCGUUGCUUUACUCCGAAGGUGACAGCGAUUGCUCAGAUGAUGAUGAUGAUGAUGAAGUUACCAGCACAGAUCAUUCACCCAGUACGAUGACAGCUCACAAUAGUCCACGCUGUUUGUCCAAUAGUAGCAAAGCAGAAGUGGUUGCCAGUUCUGAUGGUUCUUCGACUAGGAAAAGGAAGCUGUUUGAUGGAGCUCACAGCGACGACAAGCCAUCACUUGUGGACACUGCCAGUUCCGUGAAGGUGGACAUCAAAGUGUCCGAGUAUGAAGAUGAUGCGGAAUCCAGGUGCUGUGAUGGGUUGAAUUCAGCAUCUAGCGAAAACCCUGGUUGUGAAUUCGGCAAUAAGAGGAUGAGGAUAGAAAAAAUACGCGAGACAGUGAACGUGUUGCAGAAUUUGAUCCCAGGUGGGAAGAGCAGGGAUGCAGUUGUGGUUUUAGACGAAGCCAUUCAUUACUUGAAGUCACUGAAGGUGAAAGCAGAAGCCUUGGGGCUUACUGCGCUACCAGGUGAAUGGUGA